GAAUUAAAUCCGAUAAUGGAGCGUAAGGCAGGAAAACGUUCGCGUUCCCCGACCGAUGACGAUACCAACAACAAUGUUACCCAAACCAAGGUCUGGGUAAGCCAGAAGAUGAGCGAUGCCCGCGACCCGGCGAAGAUGAAGGAGGUACACGAAAAAACUACUAAAAUGCUAUUCGAUGCUGCCGCCAACAUGGGAACCGGAAAUGGUAGUACCCAGGCCCCGAGUCUAACCCUUACGGUAGCUGGAGGAUCGGCACAAGGACAGCAGCAAGGUCAGGAUCAGACUAUAGAAAUGGCACCCGCAUCCUCAACUGCCUCCGCCACUCUACACGAACAAUAUCAGUUGUUGGGGGAUGGCACCAUCAUAGUACGCGAUAUGCGUCCGGAUAUGGCUAAUCCGCGCCUGGAGCGCAAAAAGUCACGCUGCUGCCAGCGCCAGACCCUCAUCCAUGGCAUCUGUGUCAAUUGUACCAUGGACUUGUGCGAGGAGUGCGGCUAUUCGUGCGGCGAAUGCUACCAAUUUAUAUGCCGCAGCUGUGUUACUCUAUUUGGCAACCGUCCUGAUGAUUCCGAUGAUCCGCUCUGCGAACGCUGCCAGAUGUUCUUCGCCUAGGAAGGAAUUAUUCCU